GCCGCUAGCGCGCCGCUCUGGGGGAGACCCCAGCUGGAGCCCAAGGGCAGCUACGGGGCCGCAGAGGCUUCUGGCGCUGCCUCGGCCAGCCCUUCCCGCGCGGUUUGGACCCCAGGACUGCAGCGGGAAGGUGCAGGAGGACUCCCCCAAACAGGUUCCGCUGCCUUAAGGAUGACAGCCCUAGGGCACCCUCGAAGUUGGAGCUGUCAGUGGUUGCCAUUCCUGAUGCUGCUGCUAAGCACAGGCCAUGAGCCAGGGGUGGAAGGUGUGACACACUACAAGGCCGGCGACCCCGUCAUUCUAUAUGUCAACAAAGUGGGACCCUACCAUAAUCCGCAGGAGACUUACCACUACUAUCAGCUUCCAGUCUGCUCUCCUGAGAAGAUACGUCACAAAAGCCUUAGCCUGGGUGAAGUGCUGGAUGGCGACCGAAUGGCUGAGUCUUUGUAUGAGAUUCGCUUUCGAGAGAAUGUGGAAAGGAAAAUUCUGUGCCACAUGCAGCUCAGUCCAGCACAGGUGGAACAGCUGCGCCAGGCCAUCGAGGAAUUGUAUUAUUUUGAAUUUGUGGUGGACGACUUGCCACUCCGUGGCUUUGUAGGCUACAUGGAGGAGAGUGGUUUCCUGCCUCACAGCCACAAGAUAGGACUCUGGACCCAUUUGGACUUCCACCUGGAAUUCCAUGGAGAUCGAAUUAUAUUUGCCAACGUCUCAGUGCGGGAUGUCAAGCCCCAUAGUUUAGAUGGGUUACGACCUGAUGAAUUCCUAGGCCUCACCCACACUUACAGUGUGCGCUGGUCUGAGACUUCAGUGGAGCGGCGGAGUGACAGGCGCCGUGGUGAUGAUGGCGGUUUCUUUCCCCGAACAUUGGAAAUUCAUUGGUUGUCCAUCAUCAAUUCAAUGGUGCUUGUGUUUUUACUGGUGGGUUUUGUGGCUGUCAUUCUCAUGCGUGUGCUUCGGAAUGACCUGGCUCGGUACAACUUGGAUGAGGAGACAACCUCUGCAGGUUCUGGUGAUGACUUUGACCAAGGUGACAAUGGCUGGAAAAUCAUCCAUACAGAUGUCUUCCGUUUCCCUCCAUACCGCGGUCUGCUCUGUGCUGUGCUUGGUGUGGGUGCCCAGUUCCUGGCCCUUGGCACUGGCAUUAUUGUCAUGGCGCUGCUGGGCAUGUUCAAUGUGCACCGUCACGGGGCCAUUAACUCGGCAGCCAUCUUGUUGUAUGCCCUGACCUGCUGCAUCUCUGGCUACGUGUCCAGUCACUUCUACCGGCAGAUCGGAGGCGAGCGUUGGGUGUGGAACAUCAUUCUUACCACCAGUCUCUUCUCUGUACCUUUCUUCCUGACGUGGAGUGUGGUGAACUCAGUACAUUGGGCCAAUGGUUCAACCCAGGCUCUGCCAGCCACCACCAUCCUGCUGCUUCUGACGGUUUGGCUCCUGGUGGGCUUUCCUCUCACUGUCAUUGGAGGUAUCUUCGGGAAGAACAAUGCCAGCCCCUUUGAUGCACCUUGCCGCACCAAGAACAUUGCCCGGGAAAUCCCGCCUCAACCCUGGUACAAGUCUACUCUCAUCCACAUGACUGUUGGAGGCUUCCUGCCUUUCAGUGCCAUCUCUGUGGAGCUGUACUACAUCUUUGCCACAGUGUGGGGUCGGGAGCAGUACACUUUGUAUGGCAUCCUCUUCUUUGUCUUCGCCAUCCUGCUGAGUGUGGGAGCUUGCAUCUCCAUUGCACUCACCUACUUCCAGUUGUCAGGGGAGGAUUACCGCUGGUGGUGGCGAUCUGUGCUGAGUGUUGGCUCCACUGGGCUCUUCAUCUUCCUCUACUCAGUUUUCUACUAUGCCAGGCGCUCCAAUAUGUCAGGGCCCGUACAGACAGUGGAGUUCUUUGGCUACUCCUUACUCACUGGUUACAUCUUCUUCCUCAUGCUGGGCACCAUCUCCUUUUUUUCUUCCCUAAAGUUCAUCCGUUAUAUCUAUGUUAACCUCAAAAUGGACUGAGUUUUGGGUGGCAAAACUACUGCUCUGCUCUCUUUCUUCACGCCCCACUUAUUUACCGACAUCUCUUCUGAUUGACUGAAUUGUGUGAUGGCAUUGUUGCCUUCCCCUUUGCCCUUUGGGACUCCCUUCCCCCCGGGAAGUUCCAGAAAUUAUAAAUAUUCUAUAAGAAGUAUAUAUUUGAACUUUUUAAGUUGCCUUUAGUUUUGGUCCUGAU